AUGGCUACCACCACCACCACCAUGACGCUUCCCAAGUCCGGCGUGCUCGUGCCCUUGUACAUCUAUCCCUUAACUCCGACCACCUGGGAUCCACUGUAUAACGCCAAAGUGACACUGAUGGGUAGGGAGUGUACCUGUAGAAUCGCUGCCUAUCCCGACCUCGAGUUCCUGGUGAUCGUCAACCCCAACAGUGGACCCGGUGCCUUGCCGUGCCCCGAUGCCAACUAUGCGCGCGAAGUGGCCCGCCUGAAUGCCUGCCCUAAUGUCUAUCCCGUCGGCUAUAUCCGCAUCGACUAUUGCCGAAAGCCAUUGGCCGUCGCCUGUGAGGAGAUCGAUCGCUAUGCCAGCUGGGCCGCCGAGUAUGCCACUACCGGCUUAGGCGUGGGUGGCAUCAUGGUCGAUGAGACUCCCAACCACUUCAAUGCCGCUCAGGCCGAGUAUUUGCGCGCGCUUCAUAGUCACAUCAAGGCUUGCUCGGGCCUUCUCCGCGACCGAUUGGUGGUACACAAUCCAGGCACCCCCCCGGAUCCCGAGAUGGCCGAUGCAGGCUCAGAUCUCCUGCUGGUCUGUGAGGAGCCUUUUGCACGCUGGCAAACCAAUGAGGUGCAGCAUCGUCUAGGCGAGCUUCCAUAUCCUCGCGAUCGCUGCGGCUACAUGGUCACGGAAGUCCCGAACCAUCAUAUUCCCGCCCUGGUGCGCGAUCUGCGUCGUCGUGCCGCCUACAUAUUUGUCACCGAAAUCGUAGGCGAUUUCUACGAGCGCUUCGGUCCCUCCAGCUGGGGCAUAUUGAUGGAGACUUUGUCGGAAUUGGGACAGUAG